UCUGCUUCAGUAUUAAUUUGUAGCUUGUCGCGUCCAGUGGUCGUGGUCGUGGCCUCGUGUGUGUUCCGCGUUGCUUGCCACAGUCAACAAAAUAAAGAUACCACCAUUUAAAGCACAUAUCCUGACACUGCCUGUCACCAAGGUCCAUAUAUACGUAUAUUUAUCUACACAGCCCAAUAACGUCUACCCAAAAGAUGAGCAGCAAGGUGAAUUUUAACUUCGACAGUAUCUUGGGCGUCUACUAUGCUGGCCAGGUAGUAUCCGGCACAGCAGAGCUUAUCACAGAGCGCCCAAAAACCAUACGCUCCAUAUAUAUAACCGUGAAUGGUUUUGUGGAGACGCGCUGGCAGGAAAGCGUCGAAAAACCCGGUGCCGAUGGCAAACCAGUUAAAACUCUAGAAACGCACACCGCCACUGAGAUCUACUAUAGCAGCGAUAAGUAUGUGUAUGGACAGAGCGGUGGGUCGCAGCUGGAGCUGCCCCAGGGCAAGUAUGUGUUCCCCUUUCAAAGCAGCAUACCGCCCCAGGCGCCCACCUCUUUUAACGGCACGCAUGGACAGGUAAAGCACGAGGUGACCUUGACUAUAGAUCGAGCCGUGCGAUAUAAUAAUAUAUUCAAACAAUGCUUUACGGUUAUACUGCCGAACGAUUUGAACGUGAAGCGGGAGCAUUUGCAACCCCUGAAGCGUAUUGAGGAGAAAACCUUCUGGUGGGGCUCAAUAUUCGGCGGUAAUAAGCCAAUGGUCAUGGAUGUGAGCACCUCCUACGGCGCCUAUGUGCCUGGCCAGAAAAUACAGUUUCGCAUUGUGCUAGACAACCAGUCGGAUGUGCAGUGCCAGGAUGUGAAAGUGCGUCUGUUCAAGAAUGUCACCUAUCGCGGCAAAGCUGGUGAUAAGGAGCAGCUUAAAACUACGGAGGCGCGCAUAGCCGACAAGCACUGUGGUGAGGUGGAUAAACAUAAUAAGGCGCAAUUUGAUGAAUACCUACUGGUGCCGCCCACAACUCCAACAACACUGAGCGAGCGUGAUCCGAUUCGGGUUAGCUACACGCUUCGUUUCAUAGCCAAAACAUUCCGUUUGCAUGGCGGCGGGGAUCUGGUGGUAGAGUUUCCACUGGUCAUUGGCACAGUGCCAUUGCUGGGCAGUGCUGACGAUAAGGGACCCGGGCAGAAGCCGCAGGCACCGACCACAAAUGGCAGCUAUCAAUCUUUGCCUCCACCAAAUUUUCAAGAGGAUGUGUGCACUGAACACUUUGAGUCCAACACGUUUAAGCCACGUUAUCCGGUUUACUUGUUCAAUGGCCAGCCUGCAAGUGCCAAUGGAGCCAAAUCACCUGUACCCAGUCUCUAUCCGAAAGCCGAGGACACAUCGCCAGCAGCUCCAGUGCAUUACACACCAAAUCCAGUUUCGCCAGUUGCAAAACCGACGACAAUUCCUGCUCACAAGACGCCACCGUAUCCUGUGCAAUCGCACGCAGCUGUACCUGCUGGUGGCAGCAAUUUUGAAGUGCUCGGCUUUAGCAUACCCCCGGGCUAUCAGCCCUCGCCGAGCGCACCUGCUGAUGCCUCUGGUAAUAUUGGCUGGAAAUAGUUAUAUAUAUUCUGUAUUCUAUAUUAUUUUAUGUAAGUACUUUUGAUAUAGUUCGAAUUAAUAUUGUCGCGCGCACGUCCGGUGGCAACGCCAAAAUAAAUAUAUCGAUAUAUCGUUAAAAAAGCGCUGGCAGUAUCAGUUUUUUCAGCUGGUGCGCACAGCAACAGCUGUUUCGGGAAUGCACUUGACGUAACUUAAGGCCAAGUUUUGUUUUCAAUUUGUUUUGUUAUAGCCGAAAAGCGUUUCAAAACCGGUUUGUACAGCCUUUCGCAUAAACUGCAGCUACAUCAACGAGCGGCAACAUACAGUUAUUACACACACACACACACACACACUAGCGCUGGGCAAAAGAAAGUUUUGACGCAAUCGCAUGGCCGCUACUUGUAAUUUGUAAUGAAGAAGCGUCGUGGUCGUGCGGCCGCGCAGCUAAACAGUUAGCACUGCACUCUGGCAGCGAACAGUCGAAUUUAUUGACGAGCGACUUUUUUGGAUAUUUGGCAUAUUUUUAAGCAGCAUCAGCCCUGCCAACCAGACAACAAAACAAAAACAAUACAAAAAAAAAGUGAAAUCUCCGAUAAGACGGCCCCAUCCCUGAAUGAAUGAAUUUGUGAAUUUAGUCUGAUUGAAGACUAUGUCAAAAUUGGCGCGCAUGCGACCAUAGCGAAACCAAAAGGAAAAAAGAAACCACAACACCAGGCAGAAGAGGUGCCUAGUGAAACAAACGACUGACACGCGCUCCACUGGGCAUGACACCUUAAAUGCCAUUGAAGACGCAGCCGCAGUAAUAAAAGUGAAAUCAGCACGAAAACCAGCACGCA